GAUCUGCUUUGUUCUUUGAGACACGGGCCAGACCAGUAUGUACCUUGUGAGGUCGUGGUUGCCCACCACAAAGCAGGAAGCGACAGCUGAACCACCGUAUGUAUCGCCCGCAAUCAACAUCGAAUUCAGAGUUGAAGUUCACGUUUGACUCAGGGUUCAAUUAUUUGCUAUCUCGGACAACCUGUUGAACGCGCAGUGUCCACCCUUCGAAAAUUUGUAGCAAUCGCUAGGACCAGGUCAACUGUUCAGAAUCGUUUCCGAGAAGCACCCUAAUCCUCGAGGGCAAGGGACCUCCAGAACAUCCGGGCCCUCCGUCUCUUUCUCGACCCUGUACGCCUCCCGCACAGAUUGGUCUCAACUCAUUCAGCACCCUCGCCGACGGGGAUAAGACUCGAGCCACUGCUCUGUCCAAAGUACAGAGUACGCCUGUUGGAAUCGGGACCGCUGCUUGGGUACAGAACUCUCACACAAGAGCUCAAGUCAAAACACCGUUACGCAAGGACAUGGAAAGUGCAAGAUUCGUAGACUUGGAUACUUGGGCAGAUGCCGUCUUCGGUUGUCCUGUUGAGACCAUUCAUGCGUGGAGAAAUGUCAUGGUCGAGAAAAAUAUUGUUCUCGACAAUGUUGUUUCGAACGCCGUCACCAAGUUCAUGAAUGCCGGAGAAUUUGGCAAGCAUGAGGACGAGCUCUAUGCACCAUUCUGCGAAAUGGCUAAUAGGGUUCUACAAAAGGCUCACGAAAUCAUACCCGACCUUCCAGCGUAUCCUGUUCCCGACCUCCGCUUUUGUCGAAAUGCGCCUGUAUACAUAGGUGCUUGUAGCCAAGGCGACGCUUCACGCUCGCCGGACAUCGUUCUCGUUUCAGAGACCACUCUGCGCGAUCUCAAGAGCAGGAAGAAGUACACGAAGACGAAGGGACAGAAGUAUCCUACCACGGGAAUUGACUGGUCUGAUCUGUUUAGCAUCUGGGAGAUGAAGUCCUUCAACGCUUGGAAUUUAAAGGACUACAUGGCGCGGCUCCGGCUUGACUGGGACACGAAGCUUACGAGAAGGAGAUCCGAGGCGCAUGCCUCCACAUCGGACGACUUAUACAGAGGUCCCGAUCCAGCUCAGAUGUACCGAGUUGUUGGGCCUCUAUCUGAGCCAGGCCCAGAAGACAACCCUCUGAAACGUGACUAUCCGGACUUCAACAGUGCAGAUAAUACUCGUCCGCCUAAACGACUGAGGAUGCUGCCUCCCGAAUCCGUACCACUCGUUCUCGAGACCGAGGGCGAGUUUCUUGCAUCGAAAAAACUUCCCGUUCCGGAAGCGUAUGAAGAUCAGAUGGCUACCUAUGCUCUGGAGAUGCUAUCUUCUACUCACGGCACCCGUCUGCACUUCUUUCAGUGUCUUGUGAUGGGUGAUAUCGUCGAAUUCUGGUAUUCCGACGCUUCGGGCAUCGUGCGCUCUCACCAGAUAUCUUGGAUUCGAGAGUUUGAGAAGUUCGCUGCACUCCUCGUCGCUAUGGCUUGUUGCGAUCACUCGCGUUUCGGCAUGGUCAUUCCCAACUUGUCCCCUCCCGCUGAAGAUUUCAACCCAUCUCUCCCGCCGGCGUCUCUCACUGGAUACUCGACAACAAUGAAACAUCCGACGCUAGGCAUUGAUGUCAAGGUAACUCUAGGACGUGAAAUCUUCACCCAGUAUAGUCUGAUCGGACGCAAGACUUGUGUAUACGACGCCGCAACUGAGCCACCUAUCAGUGACGAGCCUCUGGUUAUCAAGAUGUCACUUCAAUCUGUCUGUCGGACACCGGAACAAGAUCUGCUAGCUCUCGCCGAAGGCUUUCCAGUAUCGGAGCAUCUCCCCAAGGUCUAUAUGUGGACUGAUAGAGCAACGGAAUGGCGACUGUCCGAUGGUGUUCGAGGGAGGAUGUUCAAGAGGAACGAUGAGGACAAGGAAUAUGAGGAACGCUGUCAACGAUUCAUCAUUUUCAAGAAGUACAAGCAGCUCGAGACGGUACUUUCUCCGCAGAAUAUGGACCAUGUGUUCAACCAGCUGCUCGACUGUCUUCACGACUUACACCGUCAGCUACACAUGCUCCAUCGGGACGUGAGCUUGAGCAAUCUCAUGUACGAGAUGCGUGAUGGUCUAGUCUGGCUCAUCUUGAAUGACUUUGAUCUUGCGGUUGUGAUCAAGAAGGAUGGGCCACCUAGAGGUUCGACUGGACGUCACCGGACUGGCACGCUUCCGUUCAUGGCCGUUGAUCUGAUAGAGGAUCCAACUAUGCCGCAUUACCUUCGACAUGAUUUGGAGAGCGUGUUCUUCGUGGCGCUCUGGUGCACUGUGAAACUUCCAUCUGGUGGGAAAUAUGGAAAGAUACGAAGCAAGAGUCUAAUGGCUUGGGAACAAGAUGGCCUGGACAUCAUCCUGAAGACGAAAAGGGAAUUCUACUCCGGGGGAGACGGGUUCACCAAUAUCGUUCCUACAUUGAUUCCCACCACACCGGAAUUCUCUCCGUAUGAAUCUUGGCUUGCUGAAUUUUGGGAAGUGCUUCAUAGUGGAUACCAAGCCAGGAAGGCGUAUCGGAAAGAAGUUGGCAGAAUUCAGCGAAUGCGUCGUCGUUGCCGUACCACGGACGAGGCGGAACUUGAUCUCAAGUUUGAUGCGGAAACGUAUGAUGGAAACAUCACAUAUACCAAGAUAAAGGCCGCAUUGGAGUUGUGCAAGGAAGCGUUGGUUGAAGACGUUCCGGACUUUGUUCCUUGAGGGCGUGUCGUCUCUCUGUGCAACUUUUGCCUCGUAUGAGAAUGUUCCGAAUUUAUAUUGUCCUGAAAUUUUUUUCUGGUUAUUCUAAUGCCACAUCUGAAGCUCCAUGUUCCGGUUUGGCCAACUACUGUUCUCAAACGCUGUGUCUAAACAGCGUAAAGUUUCACCCUUAUUUGGAGACAAGUUUCCUUGAUCUUGAGCUGCAUCGUCAUCGCAUCACUCCAGAAACUCUAUCUUACGGCUCCAGGAAAAGAAGCAUUGAUGAAUUGCCUUUACUGUCCCGCAGCGUCGUCGCCGCUUCUACUCUGGGAUAGACCGACACAGUAAGUUGCUGAUACCUCUUCCGUUUCAAUCUCAUGUCUCCAAUGAAACACGCUCGACUACAUACCAUUUGGCUAUAUAUAAUGCAUAUGUGCAGUCUUAUGCAAAGCUCUGAAAACGAACUUAUGCCAAA